GGUAGCGUAGCAAACACCUGUGUGCGCUGGAAUCGUGGCCAAUAUUUUGUGUCUAGUGUUGUUAUCGAAGUGACCGAGGUCGUUAGACGUAAGAUCUACCACAUAAAGUACUUCUCUUUUUGUUGUGUCAUGCAAGACACUUUGGAACGUAUGGUCAAGACUUAGGAUGGACCGUUUUCCAUUAAUCCGUUCUAAUAGGACGGAUAGGAAGCACGUGAAAUGAAGCACCGUGUGCAGUGGCAUUACUUCUUCAACAAGUGGAGCUAAUAAAAAUGUGACUUUUAUUCAGAUGUACGUAUCACUACCAACAUUUUUCUAGUAAUUUAAAUUGAACAGCAAAUUUGACCAUUUCCCUAAGGCAAUGUCUACUCCAAGAUCAUCGGUCGCUGCAUCGAAGCAUGGAGGCUCACAGGCAAGUUCGAAACAGCACAAGAAAGCAAUCCCAAGUGCUCGAAGUAUAUUCGCCCGGAGUAAUUACUCCGUGGCUAGUCAUCGAUCGUCGAAAUUUGCCAAAUCAUCUGGUAGGGUGGCCAGAAGCGUCCUGACCACAACACAGCCAGGACCGACCACUCGAGGUUUACGAAUCAUUAGUGAACUCGGAGAAGAUGUCACUCCCCUGUCACUCCAAGACCAAGACAGUGGUCCGAAGCUGACUCACAGUGUCUUGUUUGGCUUUGGUGAAGGCAGUGAGGACGGGGCGUCAGAAUGGAGUCCGAUGAACUCCACGUACACCCGCACUGUCACCGACAAACGCGGAGGAACACUUGGCACGGGCUUGAAACGCUCGACGAUGCUAUCGGGGUUCUCUCAAACUUACAUCGUAGAAGAAAAGGAGUCGGAGUUAGCGAGUGGCGUAGCACCAACGCACAGUGCUUAUCACUCAAUUUUUGACAGCUUAGAAGAUGAAAUCGGCUAUGACUUGGAGAGACCCGUCGUUUGCCAUUGUACCGAAACGGACACCAUCAAUCUGUUCGAGCUUCCAAGUACCUGUGUACCAGAAGACGACCAGCAAGUCCCAGAGAUCGAGGCCAAAAAUGCCGCCUAUGAAAAGCUAUGCAAGUCUCGAGCUGGUAACAGCCGUUACACCGAACGUGCAAUGCAAACAAUCAACGAGCCUCUGAAGAUAAAGGGUACUCAAGCGUCACAAGCUAACAAGGCAGAUGAGUGCGACUUUGCGGCAGUAUGGGACAUGUUCGACGAGUACAAGAAGCUGGAGCCCAAAGAAGAGGACGAAGAAGAGGACGAUCCCCUUGGGGAGGAUGUCGGCGGCGCGUUGCUGCGGCCGGGAGGAGGCGCCUCCGCCGGUCCAGCUGUUCAGUCUCCAAAACAGGGCGAGGCGGCAGGCGAUGACGAGGAAGACUCGUCCCAGCAGGUGCCGCUGGACGUGCUGUCGGAUAUCCAGGAGAAGACGUUCAUCAUGGAGAAGGCGCUCUGCAUGAAUACGUACCAGCAGCGGCUGGCGCAGUUCCGCCGCAUGCUGCCGGGCCGGACCGAGCCCGACGAGCCGGUCGCCGAGCACUCGCAGUCAGUAGUGAUGGUGGCGCCGCACAUGCUGCACCUCUGGAACUACCGCUGCCCGGAGACAAGCGGCCAGCGCGUCACCUGCGUCCGCUGGAACCCGGCCAACCCCGACCUGCUGGCCGUCACCUACGGCACGCUCCAAUUCGGCGCGCACCCAGGCCUGGUCUGCUGCUGGUCGCCAAAGAACCCCGAUCACCCGGCGCUGAUCUACCGCACGCCCAGCGGCGCCACCUGCUGCGACUUCGCCACGCAGAACGCCGCCAUGCUCGCUGUGGGCUGCUACGACGGCUCGCUGGCGCUGUACAGCACCAGCCAGAAGUCGGACCGUCCCGUCAACGACUGCUUCAGGGGAGUCGACAAGCCUAUGGGUGUCAUCUGGGACGUGCAGUUCGUGCUGAAGGAUCAAGGGGUAGGUGAGGCGAAGCGGGAGGUGCUGAUGUCCAUUUCGGAGGACGGGCGUGUCCUGCAGUGGAACACCCGCCAGGGCCUUCAGACGGUUCCCGUCAUGUCCAUGCGUCGCGAUCCCAGCUUCAGCACCAAAAAGGAGAACCGCUCGCGAAAGUCUGAUGCGUUCAUCUCGCGCUCGGCAGUAGGCCUCCACUUCAGCUUCCGUCCAGGCAACACGGCUCAGUACCUGGUAGCCACGGAGUCGGGCACGGCGCACCUGUGCAGCACGUCCCACUCGGACCAGUACCUGUUCACGUACAGCGGCCACCUGGCGGCCGUGUACCGCGCUCACUGGUCGCCGUUCAGCGCCGACGUCCUGGUCACCUGCUCGGCAGACUGGAGCUUCCGCGUCUGGCACGCCGACCAGAAGGUGGCCGUGAUCGUGGUGCAGAGCGCCAGCCGCUCGGCCAUUAACGACAUCCAGUGGAGCCCGCUGUGCGCCACCCAGCUGGCGCUCUGCACCGACCACGAGGUGGAGGUGUGGGACCUGGCCGUCAGCACCCUGGACCCGCUCAUCGUCCACCCCAACGUCACCCGCGGCGCGACCAACACGACGCUGACGUUCGGCCCCGACGGCGAGUGUCUGAUGAUCGGAGACUCGGCCGGCAGCGUGGCUGUCUACCAGCUGGAGAACCUGCCGGCCGCCGAGCCCGACCACGUCGAGAAGCUGGAGGAGGUGGUACAGACGCAGCUGUUCAGGGUGCUCAGCACGCUGCGGGAGGAACAGGAGGAGGAGACGGACGCCAUCGCCGAAUGAGUGACGGAGAGUCGACGGGUGGCCGUCCUGUCGUGCUCUUCUUGAGGUUUUGCGCUGGUGUGUGAAUAUACUCUGUAGUGUGA